AUGAUGCAUUUCAAAAGUGGCCUUGAGUUGACGGAGUUGCAGAACAUGACAGUGCCCGAAGAUGACAACAUCAGCAAUGACUCGAACGACUUCACUGAAGUGGAGAAUGGCCAGAUGAGUAGCAAAUUCAUCUCUGACCGGGAAAGUAGAAGGAGUCUCACAAACAGCCAUUUGGAGAAAAGGAAAUGCGAUGAGUAUAUUCCAGGAACAACCUCUCUGGGCAUGUCUGUUUUUAACCUGAGCAACGCCAUCAUGGGCAGUGGGAUUUUGGGACUCGCCUUUGCCCUGGCCAACACCGGAAUCCUCCUUUUUCUGAUACUUCUGACUUCAGUGACGUUGCUGUCCAUAUACUCAAUAAACCUACUGUUGAUCUGUUCCAAGGAAACCGGCUGCAUGGUUUAUGAAAAGCUGGGAGAACAAGUCUUUGGCACCACCGGGAAGCUGGUGAUCUUUGGAGCCACCUCCCUGCAGAACACUGGCGCGAUGCUGAGCUACCUCUUCAUAGUGAAAAACGAACUUCCUUCCGCCAUAAAGUUCCUGAUGGGAAAGGACGAGGCGUUUUCAGACUGGUACGUAGAUGGCCGAGUUCUGGUGGUGCUGGUGACCUUUGGCAUAAUCCUCCCGCUCUGUCUCUUGAAGAACCUGGGAUAUCUUGGCUACACCAGUGGAUUUUCCCUGAGCUGCAUGGUUUUCUUCCUUAUAGUGGUUAUCUACAAGAAAUUUCAAAUUCCCUGCAUGAACGCAGAGCAAAACGCAACAAUUAGUGCUAAUGUGACUGACGUGUGUACGCCAAAAUAUGUCACCUUCAACUCAAAAACGGUGUACGCUUUACCAACCAUUGCAUUUGCGUUUGUCUGCCACCCAUCUGUCCUACCAAUCUACAGCGAGCUCAAAGACCGCUCACAGAAAAGAAUGCAGAUGGUCUCCAAUAUCUCCUUCUUUGCCAUGUUUGUCAUGUACUUCCUGACCGCCAUCUUUGGGUACUUGACCUUUUAUGAAAAGGUCCAGUCAGACCUCCUCCAUAAGUACCCAAGCAAAAACGGUGACAUUCUCAUCCUGACUGUGCGGCUGGCUGUCAUCUUAGCUGUCAUCCUCACCGUGCCUGUGUUGUUUUUCACGGUUCGUUCGUCAUUGUUUGAACUGGCCAAGAAGACCAAGUUCCACAUGUGCCGCCAUGUCUCAGUGACCAUCCUGCUUCUGGUGAUCAUCAACUUACUGGUGAUCUUUAUCCCCUCCAUGAAGGAUAUUUUCGGAGUCGUAGGAGUCACGUCCGCUAAUAUGCUCAUUUUCAUCAUUCCUUCAUCUCUUUAUUUAAAAAUCACAAACCAGGAUGGCGAUAAAGGCACUCAAAGAAUCUGGGCGGCCCUCUUCUUGGGUCUGGGCGUGUUGUUCUCCUUAAUCAGCAUCCCCCUGGUCAUCUACGACUGGGCUUGCUCAUCCGGCAGUGACGAAGGCCACUGAGACCAGCCACAAAAUCCAGCAUCUGCUCCUGCCCAUCCGGUCGCCCCUCACUCAUCCGCA